GCGGCGGCGGCUGAGGCGGUGGUGGAGGAGGAGGAGGAAGAAGAAGAGGAAGAAGAAGAAACGGAAACGCGAUUGAUGGUGCCCUUGUUUCUUCUCAAUAGUGUCAGACUUCCUGUUCCCACCGAUACUUCCCAGCAUGUGCUGAAGUGGUGACAGCCACAGACCUAGAAUUUAUUAUAAAGCAAGAAAUCUAUUUUCAAGGUUGGUCGGCGCCCACUGAUGGCAUGUUGAGACACAUUGAGCAGCAGUGGAGAGGGUGUGCAAUUGGCAGGGUGCCGCUCUGAAAGCCAGACUGCCUGAACCAUGGGCCAGUGCGUCACCAAGUGCAAGAACCCUUCGUCUACUCUGGGCAGCAAAAACGGAGACCGGGAUCCCGGCAGCAAAUCUCACAGCAAACGGAGCACGGGCCCCAGAGAUGAUCACUCCCCGGCCGGGGGGAAGUCUGGCGGGGACAUCCUCGUCAACGGGACGAAGAAGGCCGAGGCGGCCACGGAAUCCGGCCAGCUUCCGACUUCCUCUGGGGACGCGGGGAGGGAGCCUGGGCAAAGCGCCCAGGAAUCUUCGGGGCAGAGGAUGGAGGAGCUGUUUCGGCGCUACAAGGACGAGCGAGAAGACGCCAUCCUGGAAGAGGGCAUGGAGCGCUUCUGUAACGACCUCUGCGUCGACCCCACGGAAUUCAAAGUGCUCGUCUUGGCUUGGAAGUUCCAGGCGGCCACCAUGUGCAAGUUCACGAGGAAAGAGUUUUUCGAGGGCUGCAAAGCAAUCAGCGCAGACAGCAUCGAUGGGAUUUGCGCUCGGUUCCCCAGCCUCUUAAACGAAGCCAAACAAGAGGACAGAUUCAAGGAUCUCUACCGCUUUACGUUUCAGUUUGGCCUGGACUCGGAAGAAGGGCAGAGGUCACUGCACCGGGAAAUAGCCAUCGCCCUGUGGAAGCUUGUCUUUACCCAGAACAGCCCCCCCAUAUUGGACCAGUGGUUGAACUUCCUCUCCGAGAACCCCUCGGGAGUCAAGGGCAUCUCCCGGGACACGUGGAACAUGUUCCUCAACUUUACUCAGGUGAUCGGACCCGACCUUAGCAACUACAGUGAAGACGAGGCCUGGCCUAGUCUCUUCGACACCUUUGUGGAAUGGGAGAUGGAGCGAAGGAAAAGGGAAGAGGAAACCAAACGGAUUACACCUUCAGACACAGACGGGCCUUCCCCAGAGGAACACACCUAAGAGUGGGGACUGAAACAGCCCGGCAUUCUCCUUUCAGUGUAAAACUAUGACACCUUCUGGAAAUUGCUGAGGAUCCAGAUAUUUUCUACUUCAAACCUUUCUCUGCCUUGUAUUUGAAAGGGCUCUAAAAUGCUGUAUCAUGUUUUAGGCACUUUCCUCAUUUGGGUUUUUCCUCUUUGACUUUUUGGCCCGAAAUAUUUGACCCCAGCUACAAGUUAAAUCCAUUUCUCUCUCCCCAUCCCAUCUUCCUCCCCUCCAUCCCCUUAAGCCUUCACAGAAGGUGUCUCUGCCAUGUCUUGCACAGUUUAGAUGGUUGUUUUUUAUGUCAAACUAACCUAACUACAUGAUACAGUGCCAGAUCUCAAUUUUGCAUACUACAUUUUUCAGGGCAGUUCUGUACUGUGAGUAGUGCUGUUUACAUGGUUGAAUUUAGGUUGUAAAAAUUAUUUAAAAAGAUUUACACGGAGUUGAAUAGCAGUGUUAACUAGUAACUACAUCGCAUUAAUAGGCGGGUGAUUUUUAGGCCCUGCCAAGAAAGCAAGCAACAGCAUUUUGCAGUCCAAAUCCCAUUGUAAGCUAAUCUGAAAAACAUUUUUUUUUUUCCCUGUCCAUUCCUUCUGUGAACUAUUGAGUUUUGAACACGGAUUCUAUUUCUGAGCACCCCACGUCCAUCAGUCAAGCGAGCAGUCCUUACCCCAGUAUUUGAUACGUAAACCACUUGAGCAUCAGACGCAGAGAAGGCAGUGCUACCUCAGUUGUGCUGGAAGUAGAAUUCUUUGAGAGUUUUUAUCCUUAAUUGAGUUGCUGUAUUUUCAUGUUUCUGGUGGAAAUACUGUUUAUUUGACUUGGAGCCAAAGGUUCUGUUUCUGGCGGGUGAAGUGUGCCCGCCCCCUUGUCCCAUCCCCCACCUCCCUGACCCCCAACCAGCUGACUUGAAGGGAAAUUUGUGGCGAACAGGUCUGCUUUCAUUUCAUUUUACGUUUUGUUUGGAGUAUUAUCGGCUUACGCGUCUGGCAAGAGCAGGUUAAGUGGGUCAGUCUGAACAUCACAGGGCGAGUCGUUGAAAAGUACAAGGUGGCUGGAGCCCCUUUCUAGCUCUCUUCACCUGCUGCAGCAGUCGCUCCCCCAAUUGAUUAUUUAAUGUUCUUAAUCGAGGGUAUUGUCUGCCUGAAUGAGGCAGUGAUGCUCAAGACUCACGUGGCCACAGCUGGUUUUUCGCUGCCUCUUGGAGAGAUGAGGGGGGAGCCUCCCUGAGCCUGGGGCUGGGGUUGGGAAGGGCGGCUUCAGGGCUGGGGGUGGAGGAGACCUUUUGAUUCUGGAGGCCGAGCAUGGACCUUUUAUGGCCAAAGAGAGGAUUCCCGCUGUUUGUGACUAUGGCCCUUGUCCUUCACCCCUCUGCGCCGUUCGCUAGGCAGCCCUCUGCGGGACAGAGAGCUGUCCUCUGGGCUACAGUGAACCAACUGACUUCUUGUCCAAAAGGCGUCUUAGAGGAGGGCCGGCUUUAGCUUUGGAUUUUAAUGGGUUAACCGAAGUUGAGCGGAGGAGAUGGCGGGCUCGGUUUUUCUGUUUUUUUCCAUCUGUUUCAGAAAGUGCCGGACGACUCGAAAGGGAUUCCGUCUCCAACCGGCACGUUUUAAUUCCCGUUACCCUUUGUAGCAACGUGGGUUUUGUUGAAGUGCCCCCUACCCCCUGGGCGCGCGAGCCUCCGGGCUUGGGCGAGGACCGUCCUCUGGGGCUUCAGUCAGUGCCGGGAUAAUGGUUUCGUGAGUUCUGGGCAGUCGGAAUCUCUCCCUUAAACUUUUGAAAGACAGUGAUCCCGAUUUUUAAUAAUAACUCGGUCCCGUUUCCGCAUUUAAGACAACCGGCCGGUAUUUUAAAACUGCGGCAAUUAACGGUGCCCUCUGAGCCUGAGGGAAAUCUCAGCCUGGCUGCCGGAUACCACACCUGCCCCCUCAGCGCCAACCCCCACCGUACCAGCAGUUUGCAAGGGGCUCAACCAGGGUCACUGCUGAACGAUCAUCAUAAACAGGGAUCCGUAAUGACCUCGGGGUGCACUGGAGCCAGAUUUUUGAGUCGCUGCAGCGGCUGCCUGGAUCCGAAUGUGUGGAGGGGAAAAAGGAAGGGCUUGUCUCCUUCCUGAGCUCAGCCCCUGCCCCUGGCUAUGAAGGUGUGGUACCUAGGAAGAGGGGCAGAUAGCAAGCUGCUCUGUGCCUCAGCAGCAGUGAGGAGUGAGGAUAUUUGUGGUAGGGCCUGCUGAAAGUCUGCUCAUCCACCUUUAGAAAGAAGGCAUUCCAUUAAUUAGCUGUAGGUGUGAGGGCUUUUAAAAUUGCAAAUGAUCCCCCCCCAAAAAAAAAUUUUUUUCUAGAAACUGCCCAUUUUAUCUUUUAAAUUCCUAAUAUCGGUUGGUAAUAGAAGGAAAAUGCAAGAUCAGUUCAGCUCCUCAGUUCCAGGCUAGGAACCUGAGAGCUGAGACGGAAGCACUCGUUCCUAAGUUGUAGGGUGGUCUCGUUCUCAGAGUGUUAUCUGCCUUUGCACUGGUCUUUUCUUGGAUUUAUUGUUCUCGUGGCCACGAAUGAAGUUAGGCAUCGGCUGUUACGUUCAAUGCCCGUCAAGGGGGAGCAGGUUUUUCAUUCACACUUCUUGGAAGUGAAAGCUUCAUGAAUAUUAAUCGCUGCAAAUAGGCUUGUCGUAUAAUGAUUGAACUGUGAAUCUGUGGAAUAGGCCAAAUAUGUAGAUAUAAAAGCAUAUGUUACCCAUAUAGGUAUCUUUUGUUUAUAGUAUCCGAGACCAGGAGUGAAGUGGCAUGAUGCUCAUGCAGUUUUUGAAGCCAUUGGAAAGAUCUGCUGCUGAUUACAACAAACCAUAUCAAUUAACGCCCAUUGUAAAAUCGCUGGGCCCCUGGCUGAUCGCUGUAGAUCUGCGUUUUAGCAAUGUUUCUUCAGUAAUUUACUAGAAAGCGGAUCUGAAAGAAAGCAUUGUGGCAUUUAUUGCUUUCCCGUCCACACCUGAAGAAUGUGACUUGAAUACAUUCCCUUUUAGCUUUUAAAAAAAAAAAAAUAGGCCGUUUCAGUUCGACGCCCAGCAAUGUGCCUCCUCCAGCCUCUGAGACUGAAUCCCUUCCACAGACACGUCUGCGUGUCCGUGAAUAGAGUCAGUGCAUCUGCAUUUUGAUUUCUUGUAAAUGUUUUGCAGGUGCUAUUUUGAAAGAGGAAUUUUAGGCUUUAGUGGGUAACGUGCUGUUGGAAAACUAAGGGUGGGAGAGGCGACCCGCCUCGGGAUAGGAACAAAACUUGAACUGUAUGAAAGCACAGCUUCAGAACAUCCCACACAGAGAGGUUCAAAGCCGUCAGUGCAAUUUCUUCUCCUUUUAAACGGGAGAAAGAUGUGCCAGAAUCCCAUCCCAGACCCAGAGCGCUGAUUCCCCAGACGGCUUUUGAUUUUGAUGGGGUGGGCCAGGAAAACACCAGAUUCCCAUGUUGAACGGUUUUACGAGGCAGCUCGAUGACAGCAACAGAGAAGUUGACUGAGAGGCGGGUCAGAAACCCAGAGGCUUCUCCUCUGAGAACUCAAACACAUCUGUCAUCUUGCUGGCCGCAUUUCAAGUCCUAAGUCUCACCGGUAUUAGGCAGAGGUGGGGGAAUCAAAAUCAGGCCCGACUAAAACAAGAUGCUGAGAGAGAUUUUUGUCCCGGUUAAGUGCUUUCCUGUUCAGGUGGGGUUGGCUCGGGAUGGUCAGAGUCUAAAGGGUCCUAUUCAGAGCAGGUUCCACCAUCACCCAUAUUCUCCAAGUGUGGUUGGAACACAGAUUCCUUGGAUUAACUGGGCAAUCCUUCAUCGCACGGACACGGGCUAAAACUCAACUUCUGGAAAAAUUCAAGCAGCGUAGGAAGCACGGACCAUUCUGGUUGGUGAAAGGCUAAAUGUUGCUGUUUGUUGCCUAGUUGAACUCGACAGACUUUCUUCCGUGGAAGGAGUUCCCCAGUAUAGACAGGCCGACAAGUGUCUAGAAAACUGAGACUAUGUCCGUGUAGCUGAACCCAUUUGAUCCCAGAAGGGAAUACAUUACUGAUCCGCCCCUGAGAGACUGUAGCAGAUGUAUUUGAACGUCUUUCCGCAGUCUUACACUGCGAUUGUAGCAUCAGAAGUUGAAGACAUCCAGUCUAAGCAGCCUGAGGUUGGGUUUGGGUGAGUAUCAGAGGAUUUUUGUGAUUUUUUUUUUUCUGAUAGGCACAAUCCAAAGGAAUCUUUGUUUUCGUGACCGUUGUUGUAGAAGCAGAAAAGGGUGCGAACAACCAAAUCAUCUCUGAUUUUCCGUAUAAUCCAUGAGAUUGAAGGUAUUUGGUCCUUAUGUGCCACCCCUGUGUUUUCUCCCCAUAGCCACCCCACCAUUCCUCCCCUCCACCCCCAAUCCUCUCUCGCCAAAAAAAAAAAAAAAAAAUCCCUUGAAGUGUCUUGGAAAUCAGUAGACGCCACUUGGCAAAGCUGCAGUUCACAUCAAGUUCAUUUUACAUGGUGCGUUGUUCUCUAGCAAACACUUCUUCCAAAAGUUGUUGCUGUCCAUUCCCUCCCUCUUUUCUUUUUUUCCUUCUCUUCCUCCCUCCCACCUCUCCCUCCAUCCCUCCUUUC